AUGACUACGACAGCAGCUGUGGGGGCAGCGGAAGGCCUCGCGCGGGCAGCGCCCUUCCGUCUCGGCCAAAAAGCAGUCUUCCUACCAAACCAUGUCGUGGCAUUCGUGCGCCCCAAGGACGGCCAACCGCCGACGACGGCGACGUUCAACGUGCCCCUGACGUUCAACAAGCUCGACCUCCGGGACUAUCUGUGGAACGUGUACAACGUGGAGGUGAAAUCGGUGCGGUCCUUCGUCAACCAGAUGCGGCCGCGGCAGCGGCAGUACGGCAACAGCGGGGGCGGCAAGUGGUACCGGCCGCGCAGCCAGAAGAUGAUGAUCGCGGACCUGGCGCGGCCCUUCGUGUGGCCCGAGGCGCCCGAGGACCUGUCGCCGUGGGACAAGCUCAUGUUCGACGCGGUCGAGGGGGAGCACCAGAAGAGCAUCGAGGCGCAGUUCGCACGCGCGAGGGGCACGCCCGCGCUCAGGGACCAGCUCGAGGUCGGCGCCGACAGGAGGAUGCUGCGGAAGGAGGCCGCCAAGCUGCUGGCUGGGAAGAGGGCCUGGAAGCCGGGCCAGCCGCUGGGGCCGGCGUGGGUCGAGGUCGAGGAGGGCGAGACGGUGCCUGCGGUGGAAGGAGGUGCUUAG